UUCAAUAAUCUCAAUCAUCGGAUGUGUAUUUUUAGUGUUUAACGACACAAUUAAUGUAAAGUUCAAUCAUACGAUAACAGCCAGAGGAUAAGAAUCUGUAAGUUAAACAAAAUAAUUCAAGUUAUGUUUAUAAUUAGCAAUAUGGUUUCCUCGAUAUAUAUACAUCUGUGUAUUUGUAUGUUGGUAGUCUUACCAUCGUGUUACGGAGAAAGGGAGUUCUAUUUUAAAGAGGAUGGUUUGAAGAUCAAAUUAAUCGACUGGUACCGACAUCUAGACACCAGAGAUUUAAAUAAUUAUAUUCAAGAUGUUGUCUACAGAAUUGGAAAUCGUACGAGAGGUAUUGAUUUGAGUAUGAAAAUUGGAAGCCUAGACCAUGGACAACUGAUCGAUUCUCAGCUUUCCGAAGAAUUAUAUUCAGUAUAUUUGCAUGCUGGAAUUAUUUCUGAAGCUUCCUCCUUCAUAGGGCGUGAACAAUGUCAAGGAUAUUAUGUUACUUGGGGACAAUGUGCCAUACACUUAUCGAAAGUGAAACUAGACAAGACAUCUAUGGGUGAGAUGUGUUUGUCCAUGUAUUACAACAAAACUGCGUGCAUCGGGAUGAACUUGAAGUAUCGUAGUCCUGACGGUUCUUGUAACAACUUGAAACGUUCUUUCUCGGGAAAAGCAACCACGGCUUAUAAACGUUUACUGUUUCCUUACUAUAAGAAUGACUUUGAUCGAGUUAUGGAUCAAUCUAAUUGGGAUAUCACACCUAAUCCUAGAAGGCUAAGCGUUGCAUUUGUCAGAGAUGAGCACUCGCCAGAUGACUUCAAAACGAUGGCAAUGGCGUACUGGACAAUUUUUGUAGGCCACGAUCUAUCUCACACGGCAAUCUCUAUCAUGAUGAAUCGGAAAAAACCCGUGAUAUGUUGUAAUGAAAACGAUAAUAAAUACGGUCCUGAUGACACAAACGAGUUGUGCCUGCCAAUAAGUAUACCGAAUGACGAUCCUUUUUUUUUUAAUCGUAAAAGGUACUUCGGGAAUUAUUGUAUGAACUAUGUGCGCUCGAUGCCAGCGGUUCGUUCGGAUUGUACUUUUGGACCCAGGGAACAAAUGAACCAAGCUACUCAUUAUUUAGAUGGGUCGAUGAUAUAUGGUUCGUCGGCGAAACGGACGUGGUCUUUGAGGACCAACUUUGACGGCCAGCUGUUAUCAAGCAUGUGCUGCGAUAACAAGAGCCAAGGCGACCCGCUAGAGCCGCAGUAUAUGCCACUGGAAGACACCGAAUCAAACGCCUGUCAGUAUGGCAGCGGCACGUGCUAUAGGGCUGGUGACACCCGGGCAAACUCGCUUCCUCAACUGACGGUUAUGCACACAUUGUGGAUGAGGGAACACAAUCGGUUGGCCAAACUUCUGUCCCACGUCAACCCGCACUGGGACGACGAACGUAUUUUUCAGGAGGCCAGGAAAAUCGUUACAGCGUCCAUACAGCACAUUACUUACGCUGAGUGGCUGCCAGCGCUGCUUGGGGAAAACUAUACCAGGCAGAACGGGCUUGAACUAUCGAAGAAAGGGUAUAGUAACGCGUACAACGAGACCACCGACCCGAGCGUCAGCAACAGCUUCGCUACCGCAAUAUUACCGUUCGCUAAUUCCAUGAUUAGCGACAUAAUUAGCUUAUAUACGGAAAACCGAGAGAUCAACGCAAGUCUUUCACUAAAACAACAUUACAACCGACCAACUUAUUUAAUAAUGAAUUACAUUGAUGAACUUGUCAGAGGGCUAUCUACUCAAAAUACACAAAAAGUCGAUAUGUUAUUUACUGAAACGCUUACAAAUUACUUAUACACUGUUCAUCCAGAAAACAGGUUUGGAAUGGACAUUUUCAGCUUGGAUAUACAACGAACCCGUGAUCAUGGUAUUCCACGCUACACAAAAUUUAGAAAAUAUUGUGGACUAAAAGACAUAGAAAACAUGAAAGAUUUGUCUGAGAUCAUGGUUGAAGGUUCAACUGAAAGACUAUUGAAGCAGUACAAACAUUGGAUACAUAUAGAUUUAUUGGUAGGUGCAUUGUUUGAGAAACACGAAGAAGACUCAAUGGUUGGCCCAACGAUGAGAUGUAUCAUUAGAGAACAGUUUAUAAGAACUAGAAUUGCAGAUAGAUAUUUUUACGAUUUACCAAAAGUAUUCAAUGAAGAUCAACUGACAGAAAUCAGAAAAGUGACGCUUGCGAGAGUCUUUUGUGAUAACAGCAAUAACAUAACAAUGAUGCAGAAACAAGUAUUUUUAAAACCUGAAAUGGCUGAUUUGCAACUCUGUAAUUCCCAAUCAAUUCCAAAAAUCAACAUCAAUCACUGGUCAGAAAUGGUCGAUACAUUUCAAAAAUAACCUCAUACAAACCAUUGGUGUAUUUAUUUUGAAUGUAUUAAUGUUGAAAAACAAUAUUAAUAGUUAUUAAGAGUUAUUAGUUUUUUUUAAAUUUAAUAACCAAUAAUUAUUUUCUCAUCUAACCUUUUGGCAUUAUACCAAUAUGUAAUGAUUUUAAUAUGAAUUA